AUGGCAAGCAAGCUUGCACCCACUCUCUUCGCCCUCGCGAGCGUGGGACACCUCGCCUCCGCGCAGCUCGCUGUAGACACCACGCCCGUGACGGCCGCCGCCUCCGUCGAGACCGUCUCCAUGAUCGACGCAUCGGGGCUGCCCAUCACGACCGUCUCCGACGCCGGCGACAACGCCUGGUACAUCCCUCUAACGGGGCCCGCCAGCGCGGCGACCGCCGCGUGGGGCGCAAAUGUGCACAUGCACAGCGAGACCGCCGCGCUGCUCCCCAUCACCUUCGGCACAGCACCAGCACCCACCAGCACACCUAGCGUCCACAAAACCCGAAUUUCCUCGCAGGAAAUCAGCGCCUUACCCACGGCGACCGUCUCCCCGAUCGGCACGCCCGCCGGCGACGAAUCCACGAGCUCGACCCUCGAAAUCCCUCUGAACCCGGAAGCAAACGCCCUCCUCCUGGGCGCGGACACAAGCCUCACCAUCCUCAGCACCGUCAUCGCGACAGCCGAGAACCCGACGAACAUCAGCACCACGAACCUGACCACCCUCCCCGUGGGGAUGAACCUCGGCUUCGGGUCCCACUGGCCCGGGGCCCUGAUCUUCGGCGGCAACUACGACGCGAACCGCAUCUGGAACGAAUCGCACUGGCAGACCACCCCGGAAACCAGCGCGGGGAAUGGCAGCUUCACCCAAACCGGCACGCAGCUCCUCGCCAGCGGCGUCCAGCUGAGACUCUACCCCGCGCCCAACCUUACGGGCAACACAAACACAACCACCUACCCCUUCGACACCACCUCCACCCCAACAACCACCACCACACCCCUCCCCGCCACCCUCAACUUCACCGCCGAGACCCUCACCGUCCCCGACGCGAGCUUCUGCGACCGCAACUUCACGGUGGUCUUCAACCCAGAUAGCGCGACGUACCCGCUCUUCGAGAUCCCCGUCUGGGCGGACCUGGUCCCUGCGGGGUCGCGGUGUGUGGUGGGGAGUAGUGGGGGGGAGAUCAUCCUGGGGCGGCCGUUCUUCCAGGCGGCGUAUGUGUAUGUCACGGACGUGGGGGAUUUGUACUUUAGUUCGAUUCGGAGGGAUGGCUCGGUUGGGGUGGCGCCGAGGGAGUUUGAUUUGCAUGCUGUGUUGGGGGUGGAGGAGGCGGGGGCGAAGGGGACUGCGGUUUCGGGGGCGGGGAGGGUUGCUACCAUUAUGAGUAGUGGUGCUUGGGGGGUGGUGCUUGUUGUUGGGGUGGUGGUGGUGGGGUGGGCUAUUUAG